AUGGCUGCGAAAUCGCUUUGUUCAAGGGAGCUUUGUCCAUCGGUGUUCGAUGAGAAAUCGUUUUUGAUAUCAAGAUAUAAAAGUGAACUGAACCUGUACGGAUUCUCCCUGAACCUAAUACAAGCUAAUCCUUUUAUUUCUCUUGGAUGUAUUUGUAUACGUAAAUCCAUAUUUCGCGUGCCCACUAAGUCCAGUCAUGUCUCUGAGAACCCCGCGACCGUCAAGGCCGCUCUCUCUGCAGUCAAUCCUGAUGACCCCGUCGGGCAGGAAGCGCUCAGUCAGAUGGAUCACCUCGAUGAUGAUAGGGCUGGUACGAUCACAUUAGGGGUCUCACACAUCUUGAAGUUCUUGAGAGAGAAUUCAGAGAAGGAGGAGCUUCGCCGACAGAAGAAAGAGCAGGAAAAGGCCGCUCAACCUCAGCCUGCUAUCCCCGAUGAAAUGGAACAACGACGGGCAAAGAUCGAGGAGUUGCAGUUGAGAAGAGAAGCGACUCUAGCGGAAGAUAAAGCUAAACAAAUGGAGGCGAUGAUGCAAGCAAUGAGAAAACAAGCGAUCGAACGUGACCGAUUGUUGAAGAAGAUCUUCGAGGAACUCGAGGCAAACAAGUCCAAGACUUCGGAACCCGAGAAUGAAGAAGAGGAGUGCAAGAAACAAUACAAAGAAGCAAUGAGCGACGUGAAUAAUGUGUUGACUAAUGUCGAGAGUGGGGUGAUGGCUCAUCUGGUGAAAAAGUGGGGAUGGGUCGUAUGGGUCGGCCUGGGGCAUAAACGCAUAUGUAUAUGCGUUUAG